CCAGAUCGCAUUGAUCCAUCCCCAACAGCCAAAGUCUAAUCCUGACAACAUCAACCAUUAAAACAACAGCAACCACAAUGACCGACCAAGACUCCAAACCCCGGGUGACCAUCGCCCUAGGGACAUCAUCUUCCUCGUCCAGUUUCAAAACCAAGAAACCUAGUCGACCAACCCACACCAGGCGUCAUCACGCCCGCGCUUCUUCAAACCAUUACUCCUCCGAAUCCGAAGACGACGAUGACGAAACCGGUGGACAACGCACUGGACGAGUGCAAGCAAUCACCGAAAUAUCAACCUAUGGCGAUGACAACGAGUUGGAAAACCGAGAUCGCUCAGAUCGCCGCAGAGACCGUAGCAGAGAUAGGGAUAGGGAUAGAAAUAGGGACGGGGACAGAAACCGUGAUCGCAGGAGAGACAACAGGUCCCAAGAUAGAGACAGACACAACAACAGAUCCAGCAGGCCAUCAAGAGACGAUGAUGCUUCUCGCUCCCGCCGACGGUCAACAUCCCGUUCCCGCGACCGCGACCAUAAGCCCAAAGACCCCAAAGACCUCCAAGAACCAGAAACCGCUCCCCCCAAAUGGGGUCUAACAAUCAACCCAAAAUCCACCACCACCGCCACCUCCUCCUUUCACCACCAACGACAACCCCGUUCCCCCUCCCCAGAAGAAAAACCCCCACAAACACUUGAAGAGCAAGCCCUCUCUUCUCUCCUCUCUCUCGAUAACAAAGGCUCCUCCACCGCAUCCAAGCGCAAACGCUCCCACUCCCCCUCUUCCCACGACCGCGAUCGCUCUCCCGAUCACUCAGACUACCGUGCCGUGCCCAUCGACGACUUUGGCGCCACUUUACUCAAACAGUUUGGCUGGGACGGCAAGAUGCGCGGAAAGGUGAAGGAGGUGACGCACAAGCACGCGAACCUGGCCGGGUUGGGAGCCAAGGACGCCAAGGGGGCGGAGGAGCUGGAUGCGUGGAACCAGAAGAUCAGUGGACGGGGCGGAGGAGAUUCGAGGGGGAGGGACUCGAGGCCUGUCAGGCUGGAGGAUUAUAGGAGGGAAGAGAACAAGAAGAAACAGAGGAUGGAGUAUCGGCACGGGGAGAGCAGCUACAAGCAGGAGAGGGAAAGGGAGAGGGAGCGGAGGGGGGAUAGGUGAGAGGUCAUCAUGGCUCGAGGUGCUCUCAUUACCACCAAACCUGAAUGCUGCAAGAAACAACUCAUUGUCACUAUCUCGAGCGGGCCGGUUGCUCUUGAUCCGGACCUUUCAUGUGGCCAGACAGCUCAGGCCUUAUCCUGACAGCCACCACAUCAAACGGAAUUCAUGGAAUCAUCAGGCGAGGUACGAUUGUGUAACGUGGUUUUGUUCCUAAUUCAAUAAUAGGUAAUAAGGAAAGACUACAACUUAACCCUAUAGAAGGGAAUGACAGCACCGCGUGUCCUCCAGCACUGUCUCCGUCCUCCGUCAUAGGUAUUUUGCCUCAAAAGCUCCAUUCCUCCAUCCUGCGCCGACGCCAAAACUAGGUAAUCUAGUUCAUAGGUAACAUCUUCCUGCUCAGUUGUUGUUCUUAACAGACGCAGCCCUAGCGGGAGAAGCAAUCUUAGGCUCCACAGUCUGGUCAAGGACUGAGACGGUGUUAUCGCUGAUGCUAGUCAUGGAAGCUGCAGCCCCCUGCGAUUUUUCCAGCUCCGCAGCCUUCGUAGCGCUGAAUUUGCUCGCCUUCACUUUCUCGUUGAAAAGAAUGCUGAGUCCUCGGACAGAGAUAUCCUUGGUUUCCGGGAUGCGGUAGAACGUGUACAGAGCUCCGAGACCACAGAUGCCUGCGUAAAGAAAACCCGUCUUGGCGCCCCAAUUCCAGCUCUUCGAGUCCAUUCCGAGCAUCUUGGGGGUAAGGAACAGAUUGAAGAGAUUGGCCGCCAGGUAAAGGCCACGUGCGAGAGCAAUGGUCUCUGUGCGGAGGCGAACCGAAGGGAUAUCGGAAACAAUUGAGUAGCAAAUGGGGCCGAUAGUCAGGUCAUAGAUGGCAGUAUACACAACAAGGAUCGCUCCGGCAGCGGACACGGACUCCGGAGUUGUAGCUAAUCCGUCGACGUCCCAUCUUUUGCAUCAACCACCAAGACGCAAUUGUGCCCACAAUUCCGGCACAGGGCAAGGCAAUGUUCAUGGCCAGUGCCUUGUCGCUUGCCAUGCCGACAGACUCGAAUAGCUUGGGAGCCCAACCAAUGAGGCUCGAACCGCAGAGGGCUUGAAUCAUCCAUGUAUUGCAGGUAA